AUGGAAAGAGACUUCUUCAAUGACGCUCAUUGCUCUUCUAUCGCAGUUGAUUCUGUCUUACGCAUGGGCACUGACGGCGUGAUUUGGGGUUCCUUUGUCGAUCCAUUUGAUGCUAACAAACUGGGUCUCAUUAGUAUCGCUCGUGCAUCUUUCGUAGCUAAGUCGGUUGGUCAAUAUGGGCUUAAGUGGGGAUAUUUUGCCGCAGUUUUUUCUUUCACUCAUUGUGGGAUUCAAAGAUAUCGCGGAAAAAAAGAUUGGGUUAAUGCAGGGGCAGCUUUUGCUGCUGGAACCCGAAACUGGAAACAGGUUGCUAGUGUUGUUUGUACUUUGUAUCAUUUUGCUGAUAACUCCAGAUCCGUCUAA